GCUCACACACGGGCAGAGCAUCGUGUCCUCCCUCGCUCGUUUGGGCCCGACUGGAAGCGCAGGGAGGCAGCGGGGCGGAGGACAGGAUGGAGGAGAAGAAGAGGCAGUUUAUUUGUGGCGUGGUGGAAGGUUUCUAUGGGCGGCCUUGGACUAUGGAUCAGAGGAAGGUUCUCUUCCAGUGGAUGCAGAGUUGGGGGUUGAACACCUACCUGUACGGCCCGAAGGACGACCUGAAGCACCGGCUGCUGUGGAGAGAGGUCUACUCUCAUGAAGAGGAGGGUCAGCUGCGUACUCUUAUCAAGGAGGCCCAGUCGAAAGGCCAGAGGUUCAUCUACGCCCUGUCUCCGGGUCAGGACAUCGUCUUCUCCUCGUCAUGCGACCUGACGCUACUCAAACGCAAGCUGAGACAGGUGUCGGACCUGGGUUGCCAGGCAUUCGCCAUUCUGUUCGACGACAUCGACCACUCCAUGUGUCAGGCCGACAGCGAGGCCUUUUCGUCGUUCGCCCACGCUCAGGUCACCGUAACCAAUGACAUCUAUCGCUUCCUGGGGGAACCACCCGUCUUCCUAUUCUGCCCCACAGAGUACUGUGGUUCUCUGUGUUCUCCCAGUGUGUCAAAGUCUCCCUACCUGCAGACAAUCGGAGAGGACCUGCUACCCAACAUCACAGUGAUAUGGACGGGCAGUAAGGUCAUCUCCAGGAAGCUGUCCGUCGACUGCCUGGCCGAGGUGGAGUCCGUCCUCCGGCGCCCGCCGCUCAUCUGGGACAACCUGCACGCUAACGACUACGACUCCAGGCGUCUCUUCUUGGGGCCUUUCAAGGGCCGAGAGCCUCAGCUGAGGAGCCACCUGCGAGGCCUCUUGCUCAACCCCAACUGCGAGUUUGAAGCCAACUACAUCCCCCUGCAUUCGCUGGGCAGCUGGUACAGAGCUGGAAACGAGGAGAGGAAAGAUGAGGAGUGUGAGUACUGUCCGGAUAGAGCUCUGUCUGCUGCGUUACAUGAUUGGAUGGAGGAACUCAAUCAACCACUACAAGCAGGACGGCAGAGCACGCGAUCAGAGCAGCGCUCCUCCGCUCCAACGACGCGCUGCAAAACCCCCGACCGGCCCGACGGCCCUCCCGCCCUCCGCGGACCGCCCGCGGUGGCCAAGCUGCCCGUGUUCCCCCUGAACUCCAGCUCACCUCCGGCGUCGCCGGCCAAGGGGGAGACGGAGGGACGAGAGGGGGAGAGGAAGAGGUCAAACCAGACAAGUCAACCCAACCCCCAAACUCAAGGAUCCAUGCCUGGCGCACCCUCUGUGGGAGGCAGGGGGCCGAAAGCCCAGGGGUGGGGGCUCGGUGGGGGGAAGGGCCUGCUCAGUGAGUCCCAGGUGCGUCUGCUAGUCGGGCUUUAUUACCUGCCCCAUGAGCAUGGCCCGUCUGCCCAGAAACUGCUGCAGGACCUGACCUGGCUCAAAGCAAACUGCCACCUGGUCAGCGCUAACGGCAAGAAGACGGCGGCUCCAAAGAUCGACGAGUGGCGUAGCCGCUCCUCCAGGGUCCUGUCCCUGUGUGAAGACAUCGCUCAGCUCCACUGCAGCGUGGUGGGCGGGGCCAACAGGGCGGUGCUCUAUGACCUCUACCCCUACGUGUGGGACCUGAGGAACACGGCUCUGGUGGCGAAGGCCUUCAUAUGCUGGCUGGAUGGACGCGUGUUGAGUGACAGCUCCGCCAUGGGCACCUGGAGGAACUGUUUCCACUUGUGUGGGAAGACCACAGGGGCAGACCUGCUGGGCGUGGACUCAGAACCGUGGGCGUUCAAAGGGGGCGUGUCUGGGGAGGUGCAGAUGCUUCUCCCAAUCGGCAGCAGCAAUGAACUCUUCACUCAUCCUCCUCCUCUCUUCCCCACCUCUCGUCUUUAUAACGUCAGGCCCUACCACACCAAGGACAAGUUGGAGUUGUAUCGGAUGGUACGCCAACUCCACCUGAGGACUCAGGGUGGCCAAGAAUCCAGUGUUGCUCACCCAGAUGUCGUAGGAGACAGAUGUUUUGGGCCAUGCCUGGCGUUGUGCCCCGAGUACUGUUUCAUCCUGGAGGACGAGCUGGGUUUGUGCGGCUGUGUGUUGGGCAUCGUGGACGUCCGCUCCUUCGCCAAGCGGUGCCAGACCUGCUGGAUGCCGGCCAUGAGGGACAAAUACCAAGUGAAGGGGGGCAACACACACCCUAACACACAGGACAUGAUCAAGCUGAUGGAGGAGGACCAGGGAGAGUACCCGGACUCUCUCCUGUACCACUUCCCCUCUCAGCUGCGACUGGACGCCCUGCCGGAGCUGGUGGACGUCAGCGUCAGCCGCACGCUGCUCACCGCCCUCCUCACUGCACUCAAGGCCAACGGGUCCCAGGGUGUGUUCUGCGAGGUGCAGCCUACGGACCGGCAGAGGAUGGAGUUCUUAACCAAACUGGGCUUCCUGGAGAUCCUCAGAGGAGAAGCCAGGAGCAGAGAGGGAGUGGUGCUGGGGAGGCUACUCUGAAAACACACACACACACCACCAGACACUUGCACCCAAACAGCAGAUACACAGAGGCACUUGCACAACCGUAAAGAUGUUCACAAUAGUCCAGUACAGCACAGAGACACAGGAUCUGCUUUUUCUCCUUCUAGAGGGAAACCCUUUUUAUUUGUUUUAUCUUUUAAAGGAACAUUCCUCUGAAUCUGCGUGGCAGCAGUAAUGAAAAUGCACCCUGAGCUUUCUUUCUAAAGGAUUUCACAAACGAUAAAAUAAGCUUUGAUUUGAAAGCUUUGUCAGAUUCAACCCCCCUGGCGACAAGAGUCACAUUACAAUUAAAGCCAACAGCAGAAGGUUGAGAUGUGAGCAGAGCAGGAGAUCAGGGCAGCCAUGUUUUAUUGAAACAGCUUUAAUCUAUAACAUCCAUUAUUUGUGUUUUCUAAAUAUUGGCCUGUAGCCCCCCCCCCCCCUCCUUUGCCUCCAUUUUCUUACACAUGCUGUUUCUCUUUUGCAUAUCUGAUGCGUCACACUUCAAAUAAGUGAAACUGCAAAUCCUCUCGGCUGCAUUUUAACGUCUUUCAGCUCGUUGUUUCAGUUUCCCGGCCCACAUUUUGUCGUUUCAUAUUUACCAUAAGUACGUCAACUUAAUUCCACCAAAUAUCUACCUAUUCCUUUAAAUCGACAUAGCGUAAUCUCCUCCCGUAGACAACCUGGCUGCCACUCAAUCUGAUGCUCUGCUUCCUUUGCUUCGUUCAUUAACGAUACUCUUUCUCUUAAAAGUCCGGCCGUUGUUUCCCAGCUCUUGUCCUGCUGGUGGUCUGCUAGCAGCCGGCUGGACGCAGGCACGGCGUCACAGUUUACACCUGAUUAGUUUAGAUGAUUGUUUACAUGCAUGAAGAACAACACAUUGUGAAACAUGAAGCGUUCACACAGUAGGAUUACAUGUAUACUGACGUCAACACAAACACACGUUUAUUAUUUCAAUGGAAUACUCGAACAUUAGCGACGUUAUUGAAGAUUUUUUUUAUUGGACUCGUCAUUAUAGCUAUAAGGAGAGCACAAGAAGAUGUGAGUCCAUGCAUGCUGAGAUUCCUCAGAAAAACAAACGAAAAAUGAAAUAUUCAUCAAGAUUGUGCAUGAAAACCAUCAUGCAGAUACAUUAGGUACACAGACACACACACACACACACACACUCACACACUUAUCUGUUUACCCUGGAUUCAACUGGAUUGAAUAGAUACUUCCCGCUAAUGUCAUUAUUUCUGCCUUUAUUCUGAACCAUUAACACACACACACACACAGUCAUGCUAAAAGAAGCACAAAGGCACUCACAAUCAAAUCUUUAACUGAAAGUACGUAGAACUAUGAAUGUUCAUUGUUUUUGUAACGCAGCUUAAAAGACACAAGUACCGUUUGUGCACGUAUUUAUAUUUCUACUUCUAUUUUUUUUUUUUUUUAUGCUCGAUCAAUCACGGACUGAGAGUCACUUUCGUACGUUUCAUCACGAUUCCAAUCUCAUCACCAUCGUCUGUGAGGUAGUUUGUGAUAAAGAAAAUAAAGAAUAUUUAGUCCCAGAACUAAAAAUCAAAGACAUCCUGAAAGCACCGAGAUAGAAAUGCAUGACGUAAAGCAACAUUUUAGAGGACAUUAUUGUUUGUGAAAGAAUGUUACUUCACCUGUAUGACAAAAAUAAAUAAUACGUUUUAAUAUUUGUAUGUUUAA